AUGAGUUAUGACAACUCAAACUCCGCCCCUGGCAAUGACACUCGGGGGCGAAUGGGAAGCACCAAUGAAGAAGAGGAGGAGGCGGGAACAGGAGUGAGCUCCCCCGGGAGCAACAACAACAGUGGCAGCCAAUCGGGAACGUCGGACUCGGCCAAUCGGGAGCGAGGAUCCUCUCCAAAUGGAUCCGGCUCCGGUGGCUCGUCCGGAAGGGACCAGAGGGGUCCCAGCUCAGAUGACGGGGACACUUUAUCCAGCGGGAACGACUCCGGGGAGAGGGACCCGAGUGAAAGAGGGAGCGGGUCCAGGGGACAUCAGUCCAGGAGUUCCCACUGCUCCUCGAGCCAGAAGGACUCGGGCAUGAUGCUGGAGAACACAGAGAGCAACAAGAGCUCUAACUCCCAGUCCCAGAGCCUGUCUCCCCCUAGCAGUUCCCUGGCCUACAGCCUGCUGUCAGCCAGCUCAGAGCAGGACCCUCCUUCCACCUCCGGCUGCAGCAGCAAUGAGCAGCACCAGACGGCCCGUGUCCAGACCCAGAAGGAGAUGCUGAAAGCCCUGAAGGAGCUCAAGGUCCGCCUGCCGGCCGAGUGCAAGGGCAAAGGUCGCUCCAGCACCCUGGAUGCCCUCAAGUAUGCCCUGAACUGUGUGAAGCAGGUACGGGCCAACCAGGAGUACUACCACCAGUGGAGCGUGGAGGAGUGCCACAGCUGCAGCCUGGAUCUGUCCUCAUACACCAUUGAGGAGCUGGACAACAUCACCUCCGAGUACACCCUAAAAAACACAGUACGUCAACAUCCUCAAAACAAUGACUAAGCAUUUCACACACAUUCAAUUUCACUUUGUUUAAAAAAAAAAAGUAACAUUCUGUAAUGCAGUCGAAUUUCACAGUACGAAAGCAAUCAUUCCUGACUCACACUCUUCCUCCCUCCUCCUCUCUACUUCUCCCUCUAGGACACCUUCUCCAUGGCGGUGUCCUUCCUGACAGGCAAGGUGGUGUACAUCUCCCCCCAGGGCUCGUCCCUGCUGCGCUGCAAGCCAGAGAGGCUCCAUGGGGCCAUCUUCUCCGAGCUGCUGGCUCCCCAAGACGUCAGCACCUUCUACAGCAGCACGGCCCCCUGCCGCCUGCCCCCCUGGGCCACCUGCAUGGGCUCUGUCUCCCCACCGACAGACUGCACCCAGGAGAAGUUCAUGUACUGUCGCAUCAGCGCCGACCGGGCACAGGGAGGUGAGAUGAAAUACCACCCCUUCCGCAUGACCCCCUACCAGCUAACCCUGAGGGACUUUGACACGUCAGACCCCCAGCCCUGCUGUCUGCUCAUCGCUGAGCGGGUACACUCCGGAUACGAAGCUCCCAGGAUCCCUGCGGACAAGAGGAUUUUUUCCACCAGUCAUACUCCCAGCUGUCUCUUCCAGGAAGUAGAUGAAAGGGCUGUGCCGUUGCUGGGAUACCUCCCCCAGGACCUGGUGGGAACCCCUGUGCUUCUCUACCUCCACCCAGAGGACAGACCCAUCAUGGUGGCCAUACACAGGAAGAGUAAGUACACACAUCUUUUAUUCUGUCUUUCUCCACAUCUUUCAAUCUUAUUUGACUAUUUUUACUAUUUUAGUCUCAUUCUGUCUGGUUUACUGAAUCGUGUCGUCUCUGUCUCUCUCACUCUCUCUCUUUCUGUAAAGCUUGCAGUGUUCUUGCAUUCUAACCCCUUUUCUCUCCAUCUUCCAGUCCUCCAGUCUGCGGGCCAGCCCUUCGACAGCUCUCCGCUGAGGAUGUGUGCCCGCAGCGGGGAGUACGUGACCAUCGACACCAGCUGGUCCUCCUUCAUCAACCCCUGGAGCAGGAAGGUGGCCUUCAUCGUGGGGCGCCACAAAGUUCGAACCAGCCCCCUGAACGAGGACGUGUUCACCCCUCUGCGGGGGUGCGAGGGCCGGCCCGUGGCCCCGGAGGUCGUGCAGCUGAGCGAGCAGAUCCACCGUCUCCUGGUGCAGCCGGUGCACAGCGGUGGGUCGCAGGGUUACAGCAGCCUGGGCUCAAAUGGAUCCCACUCCCAUGAGCAGCGGUACCGCAGCGCCGCGUCCGACAGCAAGUCCACCAACGCCAUGGAGGCCAUGGAAGCAGCCGUGGUCGCCCUGCACAAACCGGUGAGUGGAAUGGAGACACACAGAGACUGUACCAAAAACCUACACGCACACACAGGUCUUCAUAUUUUACGUUAGUCAUUUAGCAGACUCUUAUCCAGAGCGACUUACAGGCGCAAUUAGUUAAGUGCCUUGCUCAAGGGCACAUCGACAGAUUGUUCACCUAUUUGGCUCGGGGAUUCAAACCAGCGACCUUUUGGUUACUGGCACAACGCUCUUAACCGCUAGGCUACCUGCCGCCCCGUAUAUUCACCCCACUGACGUCUGACCAUCGUUGUCCUCUCGGUCCCCUAGAUGACGUUCCAGCAGAUCUGCAAGAACGUGCACAUGGUCAAGACCAGCGGGCAGCAGGUCUUCAUCGACUCUCGCAACCGAGCCCCGCCCCGGCGACACGCCGUAACCACGCUACGAGCCAUUGGAGAAGUGGACCCCAUCAAGAGUCUGAUCCCGGAGGUGGUGUGCCCGCCCAAAACCCCGGUGCCCAACACCCAGCAGCUGGUGAAGGAGCCCACCGGUGACUACAGCUACCAACAGAUCAACAGUCUGGACAGCAUCAUAAGGUAUUUACUGGUGUGCAUAAUGAUGGUAUUAAUAGUGAUUUUAUUGUGAAUAAUGAUGGUAUUAAUAGUGAUUUUAUUGUGAAUAAUGAUGGUAUUAAUAGUGAUUUUAGUGUGAAUAAUUAUGGUAUUAGUAGUGAUUUUAUUGUGAAUAAUUAUGGUAUUUUAUUGCGAAUAGUGAAGUGAUUAAUAAUGAUUCAAUUUAUGGGCUGAAUCCUAAAUUGAAAUCAAGUGCACUUCAUAAACUGAACCAAAUUGACUUACGCUGUCACUUCCUCUUCCCCUCCCAGGUACUUGGACGGCUGUAACGUUCCCAACACGGUUAAGAGGAAGUUUGGCUCGUCCUCUGGCCCGUCCACAUCGGACGAAGACAUACAGCAGCAGGAAACCGCUGGGAACGCAAAAGGUACAUUCACACUACAGCCCCUGUUAGAUAGACUCUGUGUUCCAGGUUACACUACAGCCCCUGUUAGAUAGACUCUGUGUUCCAGGUUACACUACAGCCCCUGUUAGAUAGACUCUGUGUUCCAGGUCACACUACAGCCCCUGUUAGAUAGACUCUGUGUUCCAGGUUACACUACAGCCCCUGUUAGAUAGACUCUGUGUUCCAGGUUACACUACAGCCCCUGUUAGAUAGACUCUGUGUUCCAGGUCACACUACAGCCCCUGUUAGAUAGACUCUGUGUUCCAGGUCACACUACAGCCCCUGUUAGAUAGACUCUGUGUUCCAGGUUACACUACAGCCCCUGUUAGAUAGACUCUGUGUUCCAGGUUACACUACAGCCCCUGUUAGAUAGACUCUGUGUUCCAGGUCACACUACAGCCCUGGUUAGAUAGACUCUGUGUUCCAGGUUACACUACAGCCCCUGUUAGAUAGACUCUGUGUUCCAGGUCACACUACAGCCCCUGUUAGAUAGACUCUGUGUUCCAGGUCACACUACAGCCCCUGUUAGAUAGACUCUGUGUUCCAGGUCACACUACAGCCCCUGUUAGAUAGACUCUGUGUUCCAGGUUACACUACAGCCCCGGUUAGAUAGACUCUGUGUUCCAGGUCACACUACAGCCCCUGUUAGAUAGACUCUGUGUUCCAGGUCACACUACAGCCCCGGUUAGAUAGACUCUGUGUUCCAGGUCACACUACAGCCCCUGUUAGAUAGACUCUGUGUUCCAGGUCACACUACAGCCCCUGUUAGAUAGACUCUGUGUUCCAGGUUACACUACAGCCCCUGUUAGAUAGACUCUGUGUUCCAGGUUACACUACAGCCCCUGUUAGAUAGACUCUGUGUUCCAGGUCACACUACAGCCCCUGUUAGAUAGACUCUGUGUUCCAGGUCACACUACAGCCCCUGUUAGAUAGACUCUGUGUUCCAGGUUACACUACAGCCCCGGUUAGAUAGACUCUGUGUUCCAGGUUACACUACAGCCCCUGUUAGAUAGACUCUGUGUUCCAGGUCACACUACAGCCCCUGUUAGAUAGACUCUGUGUUCCAGGUCACACUACAGCCCCUGUUAGAUAGACUCUGUGUUCCAGGCUACACUACAGCCCCUGUUAGAUAGACUCUGUGUUCCAGGUCACACUACAGCCCCUGUUAGAUAGACUCUGUGUUCCAGGUCACACUACAGCCCCUGUUAGAUAGACUCUGUGUUCCAGGCUACACUAGUCUGUAUACCACGUGUCUCCUCUAGAUUAGACUUUGACUAGACCACUGGUCUCUGCAGUCCACACACCACAGGAGAAACAGGACACACGAGUGCGAGAGAGUGUGAAAGAGUGUGCGAGAGCGAGGGGACUCUUAAAGAGAACUUCCGUCUGUUCUAUAAAGGCCUGCUUGUUGUGACACGCUUGAAAUAAACUGGGGAGGGGGGGCGGGGUUUACCAUGAGAGCAAUCCGUAGGAUUGACUCACCUAGGUCUGUACGUUGGUCUGUGUGUGUGUGUGUGUGUGUUGGGUGCUUGUUGCUGCGUGUGCAUGGCGCUGCAGGUGGUCCAGCGACUACAGUCACCUUGGUUGGGGACUCAGCGGGGGUACCCCCCCUGGCCUUGCGCAGCCACAAGGCGGAGAGCGUAGCCUCAGUCAACUCUCAGUGCAGCUUCAGCAGUACCAUCGUCCACGUGGGAGACAAGAAGCCCCCCGAGUCAGGUGGGCUAGACAACAUGGCGGCCACGCUUGUCUUCUGGCCUGGACUCCUAUUAAACUAGUGUUCUGUCACUGGAGUCUGUCAACUAUCUGCCACCAGUGUCUGUCCGUGGAAUCUCUCGCAGUUACUUGAUAGUAACUCGUAGUUGCUUGUCGUUGCUCUGUCUUGUCUUUUUGUGGUAAUUGUUUUCCAUCUAUCUCUCGCUUCAUUGCUUGUUUUUAGCUCUUUUGUGUCUCUUCUGUCUCCUUCUGUCUCCUUCUGUCUCCUUCUGUCUCUCAAGCCACAGAGUCCAGCUUGUGUUUCUGAAACUGUCUCUUAACGUCUCCUCAUUCUCUCUCUGUCUCCUGCACAGACGUUGUCAUGGAAGGUGCUCCUCCCACUCCCACGACCAAGUCUCCUCCCACCGCCAUCAUCGCCCCUCCCCCGCCCAAAACGACCUCUCCACCCAGCCGGAGAGGAGUUGGCCUGACCAGGGAGGUGCUCUCUGCCCACACGCAGCAGGAGGAGCAGGCCUUCCUCUGUCGCUUCAGUGACCUGAGCCAGCUGAGGGUGUUCGAGCCAGCCUCGGCCCUGCGCUGCCCGCUCCCCACCGGCAACACCCGCGCCAGAGGUAAAAAUGCAUUUUUGUCAACAACACUCUUUUCAACAACUAGCUUUUUUAACUCGGGCCACCUAUCCAACUGCACUGAACUCCAUACUAUACUGUUCCUGUUCCUUUAUAACUUAUGCAUCUUUCUCUCUCUCUCAGGAGUGCAUUGUUCUCCUGACUACCCUGCAGCUGGAGGAAGCAGUGGCCGCCGUGGAGCCAAGAGGCUGAAGCAGCAGGAGUCCUCAGAACAGAGGGGCCCUCUGGCUCUGGGCCUGACCGGACCCCUCAGGGGCCCCAACGUCGGCCCCAGGAACUCCACCUACACCCUCCCAAUGAUGCCCCUGGGGCCUCCCACCACCACCUCCUCCUCCUGGCCCGCCUCCGUGGGAUCCCAGGCCAGCCUGCCUUCUGUGCCCUACCUCCCGGGCACGCUCCCCCUCUACCCCAUCUACCCUCCUCUCUCCCAGCCCAUGCAGAACCAGAUGGUACCUCCUAUGAUGACCCUGGUGCUGCCCAACUACAUGUUCCCCCAGCUCAACCACAACAUGCCCCAGAUGGCCACAGCCAUGAACACGAUGGGAUGCCCCAUGCCCCAGCCGGGAGCCAGCAUGGUUACCCCCGGCCCACAGCAAUUCUUCAACCCCAGCGCGGGUUUCCCCUUCCCCGGUACCAACGCCACGCCAUGCCCCAUGCCUACGAUGCCCUCAAUGCUCUCACUCAUGCAAACCGCCGUGCCCAUCCAGGCCCAACGGCCAGUCUCUAGCCCCAGCACCCCCCAGUCAUGUAGUCAAGUACCGGCCGACCGUGAGGGUGCAGAGUCGCCCCUCUUCCACUCUCGCUGCUCCUCCCCGCUCAACCUGCUGCAGCUGGUGGAGGAGUCGCCCAGCAACCGGUUGGAGGUCGCCACGGCGCUGGCUGCUGCCGCGCAACAGGCCACGCCUCCCGCACAAGGGACUCGGGGGAGAUCGGCAGAUAACUCCAAGGAGAACGUGAGUUGAAAAGAUGUCUCUAAAUGUACAUUGUGUUCAUUAUAGUUUGAACUCGAUACGUUUUGCUAAGGUGUUACAUUUUACAUUUACAUCAUUUAGCAGACGCUCUUAUCCAGAGCGACUUACAAAUUGGAUUACUUAAGACUAAUCUCUCUCUCCUUCCUCUCUUCAGGCCAAUUCCAACCAGGAUGCUGAGUCCACCUCCAGUGGCCUACUGGACCUGCUCCUGCAGGAGGACUCCCGCUCACGCACCGGCUCAGCUGCCUCAGGCUCCGGGUCCUCUGGCUCUGGGUUAGGGUCUUCUGGAUCCGGAUCUGGGUCCUUGGGCACUGGGUCCAACGGCUGCAGCUCCUCAGGCAGUGGAACUAGUGAGUAUCCCCUCAAUACAGCCUGACAUGGUAGAUAGAGUAGAACACGGUGACAUUCAAAUGGCGUUCUAAUAUCACCUAGAACCUUUUGAAAUGUCAAAUCUUCUAGCUGUCACUCAAACAUAAAGUGUUCACACUGACAACUCCAGCUGGUUAAGAUCUUGACCCCUAACAACCUCUUCCAAUCGUCUCCCCCCCUCCCCCAGGUCGCAGUCGGAGUAGCCACACCAGCAAGUACUUCGGCAGCAUCGACUCGUCAGAGAACGAGCACUCCCGCAGGCAGCCAGCAGGUGGCAGCAGAACAGGGGGAGACGGAGAAGAGCAGUUCAUCAGGUGUGUCCUGCAGGACCCCAUCUGGCUCCUCAUGGCCAACACUGACCGCAAGGUGAUGAUGACCUACCAGCUGCCCACCAAGGACAGGGAGACGGUUCUGCGGCAGGACCGCGAGGCCCUGAGGGCCAUGCACAAACACCAGCCCCGCUUCAGUGAGGACCAGAAGAGAGAACUGAGCCAGGUCCACCCCUGGAUAUGCACCGGUCGCCUUCCCCGCGCCAUCAACACCUCGGUAUGCACCCCCCACAACAACCAUGUCCCCUCAAACGUAACUUUUUAAUUUGGUUUGUUUUAUGUGAUCAUUUGAACAUAGACCUACAGCCAUAUGACCUGUUUCAUCCAUAAGUGAUCAUACUGGAAAUGUUUUGGCUGUCAGCUAACCCUCCCCUCCUCUACACCUCUCUCUCUCUCUCAGGCAUGUGUGGGGUGCAAGUCUCCCCCCGCCAUCGCAGCCGCCGGCCCCGUUUGACAUGGAGAUCCGCGACAUGGAGCAGUGCACCGCUACUCAGGAGAAGGCCCCUUUACCAGAGACCGCCAUGGACCAGGGAGGAGAGGCUCACAGAGAGGAGCGGGAGGGGCAUGCGGCGCACUCCGAAACGCAAGGCAACGUCCAGGAAAUGACAACAGAGGAGCAGGAAGUGACCUCGCCAACGGAGGAGGAGAAAGCGAGGGCUGGCGAAACCGACAUGACCCACUGAAGGGUUGAGAAUAGCUCAAGAACACACAUUUGUUGUGACUUUUCCUUCCAACUGACAGACGCCACGCUAAGAGAUGCAAAUUCCAGGCCCCAAUGUCCAACGCUAAUCCGAGAGACUCAAGACUUUUGUUCACAGGCGGUUGCGAGUAAUCAAAGUGCAUUCUUUUCAUAUUAUCUGGGACUACUGCCAUGUCAGUGUCCCUAUUGGCUGGCGGUCAGAUCAUUUGGGACUCUGGGUCCAAUCAGUCACUGCACUUUGUGGAUCCCAUCACCAGUGUGACUGUGGUUGUGACAGAGGCCGUCAUCAUGACAGAAAGCCUUGGAAGCACGGGGGACACAGCACACCGUUUGAAUCAGCGUACCGUUGUAUUGUACACACCGAUAUAUAUUUUUCCUUGUGUAUUUAUUGAACAUGUUAAUUUAAUAAGAAACGCUAAAGUUGAAAGUGGAGAGGUAUGAAUGUGUUACUAAAUGGAUUUUAUUUCACACGAAGUCCACUCCCGUUUUGGGAUAGAAUGGUUUCUCCUGUACAGUUCUAAUUCCUGUUGGGAGGAUUCAUUUCACAGAGAGAGGGAGGGAGUUUAGCGGCUAGACCCCUUGGUUAUUUUUCUCUGUUGGAAGGUUUUCGCUGAUAACCUGGGAUUGUUGUAAAUUGAUUUGUUUUCUGCAUAAUUUUUUCCAAACAAACUUUUGGAAAUUGUUAUUUUUUCAGGUUUACUUUAUUUUGUAAGCAGUAUGUAUAUUUUUAUAUUUUAUAUCACUGUCAAUUCUGUUCCGAGAAGAAAUUGAAAUUGUCUGUGUUUGUGACGUGUUUGGUCAAAAAACAAAACAUUUAGAAAAUCAAAGUACCCUCUGAUUUCAAGGGAGUAGAUAUGGGUGUUUCCGUGGUAACACAAUCCAAUGCGGUGUCACUCUGGACAACAGAGUGACAGUUGAACAUCUGGGACCCCUGUCGCCAUUCCUGAUUGGCUGGGCAUUAUGGUCACCCUGCAGUGAAACGGUCCAUGAAACUUUUGCUGCAAACCUUUUCCUCUGAAAACAGUCCAGGAUACUGAACAAGGUAAAAGCUUCCAUAGCAACAAAGAGAACAGACUUUUGAUUGGAGGCAUCUAUCACAAGGAUUCGGAAUACUGAAAACCAGAUUGGCUGGUUAUGGACGGUACACGCCGAUGGCAGAGGCUCUGAUUGGUUUGAAAGGAGUUUGAACAACACUUCAGAACAUUGUUCAGCUCUGAGAGUUUUUAGAGAAUAUAUUUGUUUGACUGUCUCUCCUCUCCUCACUGUACUAGUGAUGUGAUAUUCAGCUUAAUUUCCUAAUUAUUAUUUUGUGAAUUUGUAUAAAAAAAAGUUAAUAAAUACAAUAUCCAAUG